UUUGUUCAGCUCACGCCAUUGCCAUCCGCCGUGGAGGAUGAAAACUUUCAAGAAGUUUUCGCGUUCAUUUUAAGCUGCUUUCGGUAUUCAAGCUGUACCACCAACAGGAUUUACAUCUGACUGGAAAUAUCCGCCUCAUAUUUUGUCCAUUUGAGAGGAUUUACGGGUCGGGCGUGCUGAAAAACGCACACUUUCAACGAUAUUUAUGGGAAACUGAGAGGAAUUUAUAUGCUAGUCAUAUUUAGAGACUUCUCACAGACACCAGACAACUAUGUCCGGGGGUAUCGGUAUAUAUGCGGUCAAGAAACGGAAGAAGCCUGUUCAGAAAAUCCCCAAACCACCACCACCCGAUGGCAUUAAAUCCAACCCCUCCAAACGACACAGGGAUCGGCUGAACAGCGAAUUGGACAAGCUGACUAAACUCUUGCCCUUCUCAGAGGACAUCCGUGCACGGCUGGACAAACUGUCGGUCCUUCGACUCAGUGUUGGAUACCUGAAGGUCAAGAGCUUCUUCAAUGCCUCAAUAAAAAAGACAGGAGGAGGCGGAUGGCUUGGCGAGCGGUCGGGGACAUUUGGAGGAAAUGGACAGACAGCCACCAGUCUGGAUGGAGUCAGUUUCUCAGAGGGGGAUCUGUUGUUGCAGGCUCUCAAUGGCUUUGUGUUGGUGGUCACCGCCGAAGGUUACGUGUUUUACGCCUCUCCAACUAUACAGGACUACCUCGGCUUCCAUCAGUCGGAUGUGGUCCACCAGAGUGUAUUCGAGCUUAUCCACACAGACGAUCGUGCAAUGUUCCGAAGGCAACUACACUUCGCUCUCAACCCCACCUCGUGUGACAGCGAUGGCUCUGAAGGAAUGCAGAACAGCAGUGACAUCACCAGAGACAUGGUCAACUACAAUCCUCAACACAUCCCACCAGAGAACUCUUCCUUCCUGGAACGGAGCUUCUGUUGCCGAUUCCGUUGUCUCCUUGACAACUCUUCUGGCUUUCUGGCCCUGAAUUUCCAGGGGAGGUUGAAGUAUCUCCAUGAACAAAAUAAGAUUGCAGUGGAUGGAACCAUUGCCCACCCCCAGCUGGCUCUUUUUGUCAUAGCCACACCCCUACAGCCACCCUCCAUUUUGGAGAUCAGAAGCAAGACUCUACUUUUCCAAACCAAACACAAGCUAGACUUCACACCCUUGGGGGUUGAUACAAGAGGAAAGGUGGUUCUUGGCUAUACUGAGAUUGAACUGUGUAUGAGAGGUUCUGGAUAUCAGUUCAUCCACGCUGCUGACAUGAUGUACUGUGCAGAUAACCACAUCAGAAUGAUAAAGACAGGAGAGAGUGGUUUAACAGUCUUCAGACUCCUGUCUAAAGGUGGUGCAUGGAUCUGGGUGCAGGCCAAUGCUAGGCUUGUUUAUAAAGGAGGACGACCAGAUUUCAUUAUUGCUCGACAGAGAGCACUAAGUAAUGAGGAAGGAGAGGAACAUCUCCGUCAAAGGAAGUUUCAGCUACCUUUCAACUGUGCCACCGGUGAGGGUGUCCUGUAUGAGGUUGGCCCCACACUUGACGUCACAGACAUUCAGACUCUGAGCAAAAGCCAGAGGAUGGUCAAACCUCCAUCUCUGGAUCCAGAAUCUCUUCUUGGAUGCAUGUUGAAGCAGGACCAUGCCGUCUACAACCAGAACAAUGACCCCAGUUCCCAGUUUACCCUGGACAGGGCUUUUCAGGAUAGCCACGCUCUGCUCAGUGUUCCUGGGAACACCUGGCAGCCAUCGCCCCCCAAUACGGUGGCUGGGAUCAAGGAGGAAGGUGUCGUAAAGGACAUUAUGGAAACCCUACAGCAGAUUAUUGGAGACAGCACUCUUUGCAACAGCCUUCAAGAGCUUGAUAUGGACAAUUUGGAGCUGAAGGAAUGGGAAAACACCUUGCUCAGGAUGAACUGCAACAGUGAGAUGGAUUUCAAUGAAAUCAUCACCAACGACAUCCUGAACUAUGUUGAGGAUGCAUUAUUUAAGGAAAAUUGCAUUCAGUUGCCCGAACAGCUAAAGGACCAGAGUCCAUUUGUUGAGGUGCCUGAGUGCCUACCAGAGAUGGAAUUACAAAACACCUUAGCUGCUAACCAGGGAUUCAACUGCCAGCCAGGUAAUCUCCUCGCUGGUUCCCCAGGUCAGGGUGGGUUUAUCAGAAUGAAUAUUCAAGAGGAUGCCAGUAGUCCUGGAAGAGGGAUGGUGAAGCUCACCCAUAUGGCGCCACAGAUACCAGUUGGACAGCAGAUGCUACCUGACAAUACUUUCAUCCAGUCAUUUGGACCAGAUCCGACGCCCCAAAAGACAACCCACAGUUACAACAUUCUGUUUAGUCCCUCUCUUGCCGUCCAGUGUAGUCCACCGCAGACCCAAGUCCGGCCUGGUCUGCAAUCCCAGCAGCAGGUCCUACAUGGUGGCGUACAAGAGAAUGGAAUGAUACCAGGCCAGAGGAACCUACAGACUGGAAAUCAGCCUCUUCUGAACUCCAUGACUCUCCCUCUUCAAAGCCCUCUUUUGCAAGGCAACGCAACCCAGCCAAUAGGCAUCCCCAAUGAGAAUUCUUUUCCCCAACAUCAGUCAAUUAGUCAGAACCCUCAGUGGGUUCCUGACUGCAACAAUAUGGUGAAUAACCUGCUGGACACUAGUGCCCGUACCGUUUCAGUCACACAAGAUGGUACAGGACUGCACUUGGCACCUACCGCUCACCUACAAGGGCAGUUUGCUGUUCACACUCAAAACGCUGCUUGGCUGACAUCUCAGUCUACCCCUCAACAGCUUCCUAAAUCACUGUCCAGUGGGCAUCAGAAUAUGACAGGCCUUUACGGCCAAAUAACAGAAUUCCAAAGAGGCCCGCUUGGGCAGCUAAUGCCACAGACAAAUGCACAAGGAUUUGGGGCUGGCUUCCUGCCUCAGACAACUGCUAACAACGUCUAUCCUCAGCAAGGGGAGAUGAUCAACAGCGGACCCCAUCAUACCACCAACAGCUGCAUGUUCAUAAGCGCUCCUCAACCUAUGGUGAACGGGAUGCAUUAUGGUACUGCAGAUCCGGUAUCUUGUCAAAGGGCGACAGGUCUGGUUACCCAGAGUCCUACACAGGCAUCUUGCUACUACCAGAGAGGCCCUAGUGAAUCAGUCGUAGGCACAUCGGUCAUCCCACAAGAGGACUCCAACAUCAGCCCCAUGGCCUGCCAGGUCCCAUUGGGGUUGACUCCAGAGAACAUACUGGCUCAGCAGUAUCUCUCUUGCAAUGGCCAGACGCAGAUCGCAAGCCAUCCACUGGAGGAGAAAGGAACGUUCCACUUCCCCUCGCUGGCCAACGGAACCACCUACUUUUCCGAGAACAACCAAAGCAAUUGCUGUGAAUAUUAAGAGACAUAUCUCACCCGUUGCAGUGACUGACACGUCAACUGUCUGACAAGCAGUACCUGUUUUAAAAAAUAGUAUGCACGCAUAAAUACAACGCAGCUUGUUUGUCCCACGGGAGAGUGAUGAUUUGACACUUCAGAUGAGACUCUUGGCUGAAAACCUAUGAGACAUUAGAAGCCAUACGGAUUCUUAAAGAGUCAUUUUACACUCAACCACCACACACUUUUUCAUGCUCUCAUCUACUUGUUCAGUUGCUCACACCCUCUCUGAUGAGAAAUAAGCAGUGGCAAAAAAAAAAAUUUUUUUUAAUGCAUGUCCUUCGUUCCUGAUAGAUCGUGUUCUGUUUUGUUUUAUUGUCAAUCUGGCAAGUAAAAAAGCAUAUAAGAGAGUGUCAUGGCAAGGAGAUGUGUAUGAGCAAGUGCAUAUAUGUGUGUGUUUAUAGUGGGGAUGCCUUGAGUUCAAUUCUGAAGUAUGCAGAAGGAAUGGUGGAACCUUUAAAUGUGACAGUUAGAUACCGGGGAAAACAUUACAAGGCACACAAAAGACAACAUAUUGUUGGGGUAAGUUUCGACUCAAAAGGGAAAGGCAUCCUAAUUCGAGAGGGAAAAGGCCUGAGCCAAACCCUUUUAUUUUGCUACGUAUCUACUCAAGAAGGUGUAAUUUCCCACCCGUAGACGUAAAACCCUAGUUUUAGCAAUUGACCAGACUCUCAAGACAGCAUUUGGUUGGAAAUAAUCCAGUGAGUGUGUAUUCACAGUAUACUAUAGCAAAUAAUACUCUACUAAUGGCCUGCGUGACAUCAUUGGAUUGUGGGAACAAAUCGCUAAUAUGUUGAUUGCAUAAUUGUCCCAGAACUGCCCUGACGCUCCUCCUGCUUUGACUUUCUGGACAACAGCGAGAAAUGGCCAAAGGUCUUAUCAAAUACCGGUAAACCUCAGAAUGACCUGGGCGGCCAGAUUUGCAGAAAAAUUAACACAGAAUUGGGUCGUCCCAGGAAAAAUGCUGAUGUGUCACACUUUCAAUGCAAACAGACUUUUUUCUUUCUUUUUUUUUUCUGUGGAACAUUUUUUCAUCAAGGAGUAAAAACAAAAACUUAAAGACUUUAGUUCACCGAUCUCCAUGCGUCCGAUCAUGCUACCCUUUUAUGGCUGCGUUAACCAUAUGUUUCAUGUGUACAACAGUAUCAUAUCAAUUAAUGUGUUACAACAAUAUCAGAAUGUCAUGAUACAGCUUAUCACUUAUUUGUUCAGCUUUGUUUGUUUAAAAUGUCUUUUGUACUUUUUUAUGCAUAUAAUCGAAACUAUGGAAUGCCAUUGAGCCAUUAUUGUCCACUUUUAAUUUGCUGAUUAUAGCUACGCACUUUUCUUUUUAUUUGCUUUAGCUUUAACACUUGUAUGGAGGAAUCCUAGGAAUUCUCAAACUGUGUUAUGUGCCAUGACAAUUGCACCAGCCAGCCGAGCAUAUCCUGCCUCCAAAAAGAAGGCGUAAAAUGUUGUAAAAGAAAGCGCAAGACAUUUUAGAGUUUUCUAAAAUAGACAUGCAAAAAACAAGUUGUCAAAGCCUUAGUUGAGAGAGAAUGAUCGUAAACAACAAUUCAUAUUUGUGAAAAGAAGAUUGUGUUUAAUGUUCGUGGCCACAGUUAAAUUUAAUUAUGACUUUAUGAAUCUAUAGCUUCAUCAAGACUGAAAAAAAAAAAAAUCAGGAAAUACAGCAGCAGCCAAAAUUUUUUGAACUUAGAGAGUGCAAUCCAAGGGCCUCAUUCAAGAAACACAAGCAUACAAAUUUGUGUACAUAAAACAAAAACUUAUAUUUUCGCUUUUAAUCAGAUGCGACAAUUUACACCAAAAUGGUUUUACAAAUGAUUUACAUAGAAAUCUGAAGGCCCCUUUGUACACUUUAAGGCCCUAAUUUUGUAAUACAGGUAGAAUUUCGGCGUAAAUCAUUCGUAAAACCAUUCUUGCGUAAAUUGUCACAAUUUGACGUAAGAAGUUUCCACAAGUAAUUUACACCGAAAAUAGUUCUGCUUGCAUUUAUGAUUGAGGUCCAACGUUUGCAGGAUCACUUUGUGCCUUAUUUUAGCAGAAGUCAUUUGAUGAGAUUGCAUCAUUUUAUAGCAUUACGAUUGUGUAGAUAUACCAAAAGAGAUUUGUUUGAAAAAUGUCUCACUGCUACGGAAAUAUGACUGAUUGAUUUGAAUGUAAAAGAGGAAUCACUACCUACUUUUUAAAAAUGUUUUUAGAUGAACCCUUUGCCUUGAUUUGCUUGUAGAAAUUUGUAGUGUUUUCGACUGUUGUUGCCUCUGAGAUAUUGUACUUUCUCGCCUCAGUGGAGACGAAAUUAUGGUGUGUUAAUAACAGUAAAUAUAUAGUAUCCUCAAAAUAAUGCACCCAAAACCGUUUUCCUUUAAUCAUUUAAAAUGGGAACACUGUGUGCCUUCAUUUCUUUCUCCCCAAGGGUAUUUCACUUGUUCCCUCCCUUUUUCUCUCUUUUUGGAUGAAAUGAUCGUGGCUUGCAGAGGAGGAAAGUAUUUGAAAUGGCAGCUAUAAUUGAAUCAGAGAAGCAACGUCUGGCUGUUGCUAGCAUGGACAAAAUCGGUAAUGCUAGUGUAUGCUAGUAUGCUAAGUGUACAUAGCCUCACUGUUUAAGACUCAACAGUAUGCUCAAUUUCUGCCCAUUCGUCUUCUUAACCUCAUUAGUCCGAGUGCCUAGAAACAGCUUUCAUUUCCGAGAUUAGCGACAUUUCUUUUCCUUUUGGUUUUCGUUUGUACUGAGCGCCAAUGGAGAUUAGUGUCGGCUUUGAUGUGGUGUAAAUAAAAAAGUUUUGUAUUUGGUUGCCAGAUGUCAGCUGGUUUAGAGCUGAGGUUGCUAAACUGCUCAGUGAUUGAUUGAUAAUUGGUUUAUGGAUUGAUUACUUCGUUCACUGAUCUGUAAAUUACUAACGUUGAUUUAUAGGAUCAAAUGCACACAAAUAAUAGCCAUGGAUUUUGUUUGUUCUGAUUCUGUUUAUUGCCCUUAAGUUUCUAUUACAUUGCGUCCUAACUAGGCAACAAGUGAUAAAAGCUGUCUCCUCAAUGUUACCUUGAGUUCUUCCUAACCAGCUGCAACCGUGAUAAAUAAUGCGCAACAUUUUUUUAGUCACUAGGCCACGUCAUGCUGGGUAUUUCGCUUUCAAUGUCGACAAAUAAAUUCUCGCCUGGGGCUGGUUGCAUAAACAGCCAUUAACGUAAGACUUCGUCUAAUAAUUAAUCUGACUAGCUAAAGACGUCAAAGAAAGCCUGUUGCAUAAAACAAACUCACAGCUGUCUUUAGUAAGACAGUUCCCAUUGCAUUCCCAUUGCAUUGUGGGAAAAGUAAGACACUGAACGAUUAAAAAAACAGUGGAUGCUCAACAGUUUUCCUUCCCUGAAAAUAUUUGCUUAUUAGAAGAAUAUAAUGCUUCAAAAUCAAUUCUAAUGAACAAAUUUAAUGAUUUUAACCCAAAGAAUAAAAAACACAAGAAAUACCACCAUAGAAGUCAGUCUUCUACAAAGUCUUAACUCAAGCCCCUUUACAGUCUGACAUUUUUUUUUAAGUCAUUCAAUGUCUUAAUUUUCCCACAAUGCAAUGGGAAUUAGACUGUCUUACUAAAGACAGCUGUGAGCUUGUUUUAUGCAAAAGGCUUUCUAUUGCGUCUUUAGCUAGUCAGACUAAUUGUCAGACAAAGUCUUAAGUUAAUAGCUGUUUAUGCAACCGGCCCCUGGUUAGGACACGUGUUAUGCAGUUUUGUGUUUACCACUUUCUUUAUAUUCGUCCACAUCUCUCACGUUACAAUUUAUUUUUGGAAUGAUUUCAUAAAGGUGCCUCAAUAUUAGUAAUCUGUGACCAGACAAGUUUUAGGUUUCCAAAUUUUUUUUUCCUUUGCCAUCAAAGUGCCUUUAAUUAGAACAGAUACAAUACCAAUACACAUAUUUCACAAAUCUCACUAACAGCAUUUAACUUGCUCAGUGCCAAAAAUUGUCUACAUGUUAGGAUACCCUCCCCCUUCACCACUAAACUAGAAAGAAAUAAUAGCACUUGACACUUCAUAUUCCUGUCGCUCGUGUAACAUGUUUGUGAGGCCUAUCGUGAAAUGCAGUUUAUUUGUUGUAUCAUUGUAUGUUUCUAUGCUUGUUUAUUUCUUUCUUUUCACCCAGCAUUGUAAAUGCUUACACGUGUAAUAUAUAUCCUAUUUUGUACAUUGUUCCGCACAAUUGUAAAAUCUAUAUACGUAAAUGGAUGUCCCACAAAUACAGGCUAUACACCCACAUCUAUAUUAUAUAUAUCUAUAUGUAAAAUAUAGCUCCUGUUUGUUUUCGUUUUUUUGUUGUGCCUCUCAAUAUUGUUAUCUUUAUAAUAUUAAAAGGGGUUCAAUGAC